AUGCUCGACAGAAAGUCGCCGAACGCCUCGAAAAGCAAAACAUCACGCAAAGACUUUCUUUCCACCAUUGUCGGUAACUACAAGCAGGGUUAUGUGUCUCGUGAGGAGAUGACAGCACACGUUUCCACAUUGACUAUUGCUGGUGGUGAAACGACGGCUACCAGUCUGGCGGCGAUCAUGUACUAUCUGCUCAAGUACCCCGACACGAUGGUUCAGCUGCAACACGAACUGCGGCAGACGUUUGCACGCCACGAGGACAUUGACGCAUCCAAGGCAAGACAGAUCCCAUACCUGCAGGCUGUCAUCAAUGAAGGGCUCCGCAUAUACGCUCCAGGGUCAGGCGGCUUUCCAAGGACGUCGCCCGGCAUGAUGAUUGGCAAGUACUGGGUUCCCCAAGGCGCCGAAGUCGCCACGCAUGCGUGGACUUUGACGCACAGCGAAGACUACUUUGCCGAGCCUUACGUUUUCAAGCCCGAGCGGUGGCUGGAUCCUCUUAGCACUGACAUUAAGACUGCAAGCCAGCCCUUUUCGAUGGGCCCUCGCGGCUGCCUUGGACAAAAUUUUGCGUACAUGGAGAUGAAUCUGAUCCUAGCCAAGCUGCUAUGGAAAUGCAAUGCCGAAAUACUUGAUCCUGGCCUGGAUUGGGCCAAGCAGAGUCGUCUUCACGUCAUGUGGUGGAAACCUGACCUCAUGGUGCGCUUCCAUCCACGAGCUGAGCAGUAA